AUGCGGGCGCAGGCCCCACGCCGAUGCGUGGACAUCGCCGGCAGCAUCAUGCACCACAUCAUCAACCGGGCCUACGUCCCCACGGCCGGGGGGGAUCCUCCGAUCGGGACCGGAGGGCUGGCCUGGAGCGUCCAGCCGCACUCGUCUUAUGCGAGGAGGAUGGUCCCGCCGGCGGUGAUCGCAUCAAACCCGGCCUCUGGCAUCUGCACGCAGUGGGUGAAAACCUCGACCAACAAGCAGCGCUGUCCGGUGUUCUGCCUGGCGUGGGCGCCGGCGGGAGUGACGCGGUGCAUCACCGGAAAUUCUAGCGGCGAGUUCACUCUUUGGAAGGACGGAUCUUUCAAUUUCGUCACCAUUCUGCAGGCUCAUUCCAGUGCCGUCCGCUCCAUGGCGUGGAGUCACUCUGGGAACACUCUGAUCUCCGGAGACCACAACGGGAACAUCAAGUACUGGCAGCCCUCAAUGACGGCGGUACAGCACUUUAUCGCACAUGGUGCCAAUCCAAUCAGAGGACUCAGCUUCGGACCCACGGACUCCAAGUUCGCCUCGUGCUCGGACGACUCAACGGUGCGCAUCUGGGACUGGGAGUACUAUAAGGAGGAACGCGCGCUAACGGGGCACGGGUGGGAUGUGAAGACGGUGGAGUGGCACCCGUAUAAGUCUCUGAUAGUGUCCGGCAGCAAGGACAACCUCAUCAAGCUCUGGGACCCGAGGACAGGGAACAGUCUGAGCACCCUGUACGGGCACAAGAACACCGUCAUGAAGGUCACUUGGAACAAAAACGGGAACUGGCUCGUGUCCAGCUCGAGAGACCAGACCAUCAAGCUCUACGACAUCAGAACAAUGAAGGACAUGAGCACCUUCAAGGGCCAUGGGCAGGACGUGACGGCGUUGGCGUGGCACCCGCAGCACGAGCGGUUGCUAGCCAGCGGGGGCUACGACGGGAAGAUGAUGUACUGGGUCGUCGGAUCGGAGAAACCGCAUGCCGAGAUAGAGUACGCCCACGACGGUACCGCCGUCUGGGAUCUGGGGUGGCAUCCCGUGGGGCACGUGUUGGCGUCUGGCAGCAACGACCACACCGUCAAGUUCUGGGUCAGAAACCGCGUCGGAGACACGAUGGGUUGCAAGCCAGAGCUCAACGAGGACGGAACGGCUGCCGAGGUCGACCCGGACGACACUACCAGGCCGGAGGGGUUCACCCCGAGCCCCGCCGCCACCGCAGCGUUCGCCGCUCUCGACGCGGCGGCGGCCGCCGCCGCCUCCGCCAAGACCCCGGCCCCGGCCCCCGAAAUCCCAACGAAGCUUCCAGGGUUGGGGAAACCCUUGGCGGUGCCACUCUCCAAGCUUCCCCUCGGGAAUCGCUUCGCGCAGACGAUCGUGCGGCUUGGCGGUCCGGAGCUAGGCGCCGGGGAUCCAGACAGCAGCAGCAGGGGCAAGGGAGGGCGGGGGAAAGACAGGGGGGGUCGAGGACGUGGAGAACGGGGCGGCGGGGCCGGCGGGAGAGAUAGAGGGUCAGACAGGACUGGGGGGGAUGGGAGAGGCCGCGGCGGCGGCAGGGGAGGGGAAGGGAGGGGAGGAGGAAAGGGCGGCCGCGACGGGGGCUGGGGGGGCUCGGGAAGAGAGUCCGGGGGGAGGGGGAGGGGGGGGCGAACUGGGGGGAGGGGGGGGGCGUGGGAUUCGGCCGGGCGGCGCCCUACCAGCCGACCUGCCAAGAGCUACGUCUGCAAACGCUGCGGCGGAAAUGACCACUGGUGGCUCGACUGCCCGCUCAAGAACGUCCCCAAGCAGAACCACGUCUGCCACAACUGCGGCAACCCCGGACACUUUCACCAGUACUGCCCGUUCCUAGGCCUCAACGCUCCCCCGGGCGGGGGCGGCCAGCAGCCAGGCCCCGGGGGCGGCAGUGUCGGCCACUACGGUCCCGCCGCCGGUGCCCCCCCCCCUCCGCGGCCAGACCUACCAUACGGUGCCCCCCCCGGUGAUUUGCAGGGCAUCGGGAUGAUGGCCCCGCCUCCGCCACCGAUGCCGCUGCAGCAGGUGCUGCCGCCGGCGCCGAUGCAGCCGCCGCCGUUCAUGGCGGGACCGUUCCCGCCGGACGGCGGGGCCGUGCCGCCGCCGCAGCAGCAGUUUGCGCCGCGGAAACAGGGGAAGAGGUCGAAGGGCGGCGGCGGCGGGGGCCGCAAAGGGGGUGGUGUGAAGGGGGGUGGGGCUGGAGGCGCCAAGGGUGGCGGGAAGGGUGGUGGGAAGGGCGGCGGGAAGGGGGGAAGGAAGAGCGGCGGAAAGCGGCAGGGCGAGUGGAACUCCGGCGGAUCUAAACGAAAACGAUGA